GAUAAUGCCAGUCAAAGUGCUUAACUUUCCAUCCGUUGUUCUUCAACAUUUCCUUGUUGGAUUAACCUCCACUGAACUCUUCGAGCUCACUCAAUGCUCCCUGAAGAGCAAGGAUCGAGUCCGCCCGUACGAGAAGUCCAACAAGACAUUCCGAAUGGCAGUUGACUUCCAGAGAAACUGGGUUGAUAUCAGAGGAGUCUAUCGGUUUUAUGUGAAAGAGCUCGUAGAUGGGAAACUUCCAAAGACUUAUGGAAAAAUGGGAGUUCGUGAAUUCGGAGAUAAGAAGGUUCAAGUUGAACUUGAUGAGAAUGAGAAGACUAUCAACAUUUUCUGGCCAACAACUGAAAAAGAAGAUCGGACUUUUGCUGUCAUGAAGGUUGCCGAGCACUUCAUCUACACCCUUGGGCUCGGAGAGUUUGAAUCUGUUACUCUUGGACAGGAGAACCAUGCUGGAAGGAUCAUUGACUGGGCCAAUGAGAAGAAUCUCAACAUUGCCAACUUCACCAUCGGAAACGUCGAUAAGGAACAUGACGACGUCGAUAAGGUUGCUGAGAAGCUGUACUCGGCUUCAUUCUUCAAGAAGGUCUCUGCCAACUUCAAGUGUCUCAUCAAUCCAACCGAAGCUUUCAAACCAAAUGAGUUCCUUCCCGGAAUCCCAAAGAAUACCAACAUGAUCUUCUUCCACGGAGCUCACUGGAUGACUAUUGACACUCUCAAGGAUUUCACUGCUUGCUCUGUAAUUCUUUAUGAUUGUAAAUUCACAAAUAAGGAUAUCAACGAGUUUAUCAAAUUGUGGAAGAAUAAGGAAUUUGAAAGAAUCUUCUACAUCUCCAUCAAUGUUCCACAAGGAAGCGGAUUCAAGUUGACGGAGGUUAUUGCAGGAUUAGAUGGAUUCGGAGAAAUCGAAAACGACGCUACCACAAUGAAAAGAGAGGAUGGAAAGGAAAUCGAAGUCUCUGUUCUUGACGAAAAGAAACAAAUCAGAAUUGUUGUUGAUUAAUUUAUAAUUGUUUGUUUUUCUACUUCCGCUAAAUGAAUAAAUGCUUCAUUGUCAAAAACUAUAUUGCUACCAAUAUUUAAUACUUUAGG